AUCAAAAUGAUGGCUGAGAAUAUUAUCAGCUGUGAUGUUUUGCGAGACAGCCAAUGGAAAACAUUACCUAGCUCACACCUUGUACCAGGAGAUGUGAUUCAACUAAAGACAGGGCAGGUCAUGCCUGCUGAUGCUGUCCUUCUUCAAGAUGAUAUCGUGGUAGAUGAGAGCUCUCUCACCGGAGAACCUUUGCCGAUUCGAAAAGUUCCUUUGCGCAACGAUGAACAGUACUACUCUUGCGAUACGUGUGGCGAUGGGAAAAUUCACAGCCUAUUUUCUGGAACAACAGUUCAAUACACUAGCCUUAAGCCACUAGCACUUGUGCUAGCAACUAGAACAAAUACGGACAAAGGAAAACUUAUUCAGAAAAUACUUUACCCACAGAAUGUAUCAUUUAUAUUCCACGAGCAGCUCAAAUUGGUAUUUUGUAUUUUGAUGGGCUAUGCACUCAUACUGCUUGCAGUGGGAUCCUGGUGGUUAGGAGGAACAGGGAUGACAGCAUGGUUUUAUGGGACUAUCUGUGCAGCUCAGGUUAUGAACCCUUUACUUCCAGCAAUGCUAGUGGUAGGACAGUCGGUGGCUGCUGGCCGAUUAAAGAAAAAAGGAGUGUUUUGUGUAGAUUUGCCACGAAUUCUAAUGGCGGGAAAGGUCCAGGUGUUCUGUUUUGAUAAGACAGGAACUCUAACCAAGGAAGGAUUGGAAUACUACGGUAUACACCCCUCCCACGGGACUAAUGGAAAUGAAUUGAAAGAGCCUUCGUUUGGAGAUAUCAUACACAAUAUCAACGAACUAAACGACACAGAGACGGGGCGCUUAAUGAAAAUUGGAUUGAGCGGAUGUCAUUCCGUAACCCAUAUUGGAGCAGAAAUUGUUGGUAAUCCAGUCGACAGUGCUAUGUUUCAAGCCAGUGGGGCACAUCUUUGUGAAACAGGCGAUAUCCUGCUUUCUCCAAGCGGUCCCGAUCACGUCCCUUCAACACUUAAAGUAUUACGACGAUUCGAGUUUGAGCAUACGCGAGCGCUGAUGUCGGUGGUAGUUAUGGAUACUAAGACGCAGCAUAUUCACAUCUUCUGCAAGGGCGCUUUUGAGCGAAUUGGGAAUAUCUGCUCAAGUACGUCUGUGCCUUCUGAGUUUGACAAUGUAACAUCGCACAUGGCACGCGAGGGACUGUAUGUGUUGGGAAUGGCUCAUAUGGAUUUAGGUUCAGCGAUAGAUAGCAGCCAGGUGGCCAGUUGGUCCCGGGACACGCUCGAGUCCAACCAAUUGCAAUUUCUGGGCUUGAUCCUCUUCAGGAACUCUUUGAGGGAUGAUACUGCCAACGCUUUACAUGCUCUGCAGAGUGGCUCUACUCGUACAGUGAUGAUAACUGGCGACAAUGCACUGACGGCAGCAGCUAUCAGUCGAACCUGUGGAUUGAUGCCUAGAGUCACCCAGCUAGUGCUAGGAGAUGUAGAAAAUUCAGAAGUAGUAUGGAGGGAUAUGGAUACAAACCGCCUUGUCAAUUCAGAUAUCCUACAAUUAGCUUCAAAUGGUAACAUAGAACUCGCUCUCACAGGGUAUGCUUUUGACGCUCUUGUCGAUACCAAUAAGAUACGUGACAUACUAUUUGAGACCCGUAUAUUCUCUCGUAUGACACCAGCCAACAAACGAGUGUGUGUCGAGCUUAUGAUGGAGCGAAAGAUCACAGCAAUGUGUGGCGAUGGUGGAAAUGACUGUGGCGCUCUUAGAGCUGCCCACGUAGGUAUCGCUAUGUCUGAGGCAGAAGCAUCGGUUGUAAGUCCUUUCAGUACACCCAGACGCUCUGUUCAAGCGUGUGUUGAUCUGCUAAUAGAGGGCAGAGCGGCCUUAGCAACGUCUUUUGCAAGUUACAAAUACUUGAUAAUGUAUGGUGAAACCAUGGCAACCGUCAAGUUUUUUACAUUUUAUUACACAAUGUCUUUCUCUCAGUGGAACUUCAUUCUUGUUGAUGCGUUUAUUACUGUCUUUUGUGCAUUUGCUGUCACACGCGCUGGUCCUGCCACAAGCCUGUCUCCUUACCGUCCUACUGCACGUAUCCUUGGACCUCAAGUAAUUCUCUCUGUUCUCGGGCAGCUGGUGAUUAAUGCAGGAUUUCUGGUUGGCGCAUUCAUUUGGCUUUAUACUCGCGAUGAUUUUUUUCGGUGCAAUGAGUGGGAUUCUCGUGCCACAGAUGCAUCGAAAUGGUGGUUGCUAGGAGACAGCUUUGAAGCAUCUCUCUUGACUUUUGUUUCGCUCUUUCAAUUUGUCAAUGCAGCCCUGAUAUUCAACUAUGGCAAUGUCUUUCGGCAGUUCUGGGCACGCAAUUACCUGCUUAUUAUUGUUUGGGCUGUAUUUGUGGCUAUUGUGAGCUACUGGGAGUUA